CCCAUAGAAAAAUAAAAUGUAAUUCACUGAACUCAGGUCUUGUUGUUUACUAAACUUGUUUAAAAUAUCCAGGAUAAUUUCAAUAUUUUAGUACCUACCUGGUAUAAUUUGUUUUGAGAGUAGCGUAUGUAAAAUCGUUGUAUUUAUUAACGAUUCCCUUACAACUCCUACCAUAAUACGUUUGUAUACGUUGUGGUAUUUAAUUUACCUAUAUAAACUAAUUCGAGAUGGAAAAAACACCAAAUUUGGUUAUAGUCAGUCCGAAUGUGAAAUAUUCGGAUGAUUUUAUUUACGCCGAUUACGAGUAUAACGAAACAUUAGUGAAAAAAAUCGACAAUCAGUUAGUGGCACAGCCGUACAGCAAAACUUUGAGCAUUAGGACUCAGCGUAAAGUUGGCAAAGUUGGAGUGAUGCUAGUGGGAUGGGGUGGCAACAAUGGUUCAACAUUUACUGCGGCUGUUUUGGCCAACCGACACCAGUUGUCCUGGAACACAAAGAAUGGCUCUCUAGAUGCUAAUUGGUUUGGUUCGAUCACACAAGCAUCGACUGUGAGACUGGGGUUAGAUGAAAAAGGGAAUGAUGUGAAUGUGCCAAUGAACAGUUUACUGCCGAUGGUGAACCCUGAUGAUCUAUUUAUUGAUGGCUGGGACAUAAGUCCUCUCAAUUUGGCGGAGUCGAUGGCUCGAGCUAAGGUCCUCGAUUAUGAUCUGCAGCAGAAACUGAAAAAGGAGAUGGCCACUAUGAAACCGAGACCAGCUAUUUAUGAUCCUGACUUCAUUGCUGCGAAUCAGGCCGAUCGUGCUACGAACCUCAUCCACGGCACGAAGUACGAGCAGUACCUGCAAAUCCGCGCCGAUAUCAAGGACUUCAAGGAUAAGAACAAACUGGACAAAGUCAUAGUUGUCUGGACGGCGAACACUGAAAGGUUCUGCGAGGUCCGCGACGGCGUGCACGACACGAGCGACAACUUGGAGAAGGCGCUGCGGGACAACGAGCCGGAGAUAUCGCCGUCCACCAUCAUCGCGCUCGCUUCGAUCGACGAGGGGUGUUGCUAUAUCAACGGCGCGCCUCAAAACACUUUGAUCCCGGGCGUCAUAGAGCGGGCCGAGAAACGAGGGGUCUUCGUGGCUGGCGACGACUUCAAAUCAGGACAGACCAAGCUUAAGUCAGUACUCGUCGACUUCUUGGUUUCGGCUGGUCUGAAACCGGUGUCGAUAGUGAGCUACAACCAUCUCGGCAACAACGACGGUAAGAAUCUCUCCGCUCCGAAGCAGUUCCGCUCGAAAGAGAUCAGCAAGAGCAGCGUGGUGGACGACGCGGUGCAGUCGAACGGCGUGCUGUACCGGCCCGGGGAGCGCCCCGACCACGUGGUCGUCAUCAAGUACGUGCCCUACGUCGGUGACUCGAAGCGCGCCAUGGACGAGUACACGUCGGAGAUCCUGCUGCACGGCACGAACACGCUGGUGGUGCACAACACGUGCGAGGACUCGCUGCUGGCGGCGCCGCUGCUGCUGGACCUGGCGGUGCUGGCGGAGCUGCUGGGGCGCGUGGCGCUGCGGGCGGGCGGCGCGUGGGCGGCGCUGCACCCCGCGCUGUCGCCGCUCGCCUACCUGCUGAAGGCGCCGCUGGUGCCGGCGGGCGCGCCCGUCGUCAACGCGCUGUCCAAGCAGCGCGCCUGCAUCGACAACCUGCUGCGCGCCUGCCUCGGCCUGCCCUGUCUACACAACAUGCAGCUCGAGCAUAAGGUACCGUUUCUAAUGAGCGAGCUCCGUGACGGGUCGAUGUUCGCCGGCGCCCCUGCGUUUAAGAAGCCCAAAUUGGAUCAAGAAAAUGGCGAUCAAUAAAUCAACCCACCCCAUAGAUCUCAAUAGGCUAAUAAGAUAAAUAAAGCACUGAGUGUUCAAUAUGGACAGUUCCAAAUUAAAUAUCUACUUCUGUAUUGUAUUCAUAAAGUUGCGUUCGUUAACAUUUAAAUAUUUCCUACAAAUAUGUAUGGUUAUUUUAAUAGUAUUACGCAGCCUUUCAGAAUUUUCAUGCCAACUAUUUUCAUAUAAAUAUUUUUUUUAUCAUAACACAUUCCAGAGUUUACUGAACGAAACUUAUAUAUAAUGAACUAUUUUCCUUACAAAAUAUUAAGGUUUGAAAUAUUUUACACACUCAAUGAUAAUUUCUACUGUCCAGUGAUUGAAUUCGUGAUCAAAGGUAUAUUGAAAAAACAAUUCCAAUAGUACCAAUCUUAAUGUCCUAAUUAUCAAAAGCAAUCUCAAAAUAUAUAUUUUUGCUACUUAAGUUUAAUUAACUUUACUUACUUAAGUUUACGUUAGAUAUUCCAAGAAGUGUUUUAAGUUAAUUUCAAGGGCUAUGAAUGUUCAUGAUUGAACUAGCCUGAAAUGCCAUAUUUGAGUUCCUUUAAAUAAUGCAUUUAUAAUUUAUUGAAAGUUGAAAUAAUUUAGAAAGUUAAGUAUUCAAGAUAAUAUACUGUAUUUAAGUUUGAUUUUUAUCAAUAAAAAUAGUGCGCUUCUUUAAAAAUUUCAGGCAUAUUUAGUUUAUUGAAAAGAAAUGUGUUAAAUUGUUUUUUUAUUUCUUUGUUGUGACAGCAAAUUUAUGACCUGUUUUCAAUUUUAAAUUGGUAUGUAUGAAUAAUGUAUGAAUAAUAACUUGAAAUUCUUUCUUUUGAUUACAUCUAAAAUAUACUUAUUAAAUAAUAACUUUGAGAAACCCUGACUUUGAACAUACUAAGCCUGGUCCGUAGCGUCGAUAUCCUAAUGACCAUUCUUAUUUCAAUCUCAUUGUAAUUUUACAGUAUUAUUUUUUAGUAUUAUUCUGCCGUGUGACGGUUUAUAAAAAUAGCAUUUAUUAUAAUAAUAUAUUUCAAUAUUCGAACCGUGCGGAUAUAUAUAAUUGAUUGUAUUAUUCUGUUUACUCAAAUGUUUAUUCUGUUGCUUAAAAGUGUGUCAUGUUUUUGGAAAAAAGAUUAGUGAUGCUUGCAGUAAUAUGCAUCUAUGUUGUACUUAUAUGUUUCAAAGAUACUUGGACGAAAUGCAGAAUAUGUAAUAAUCAUAUUUUAGUCAGAUGUGUAUUUUUGUUGAAAUAAAGCCUUAAGUGUAA